AUGCCUUUGGAAUUCAACGCUGUUCGUUUUAAAAACAAAAACACCCCACUUGCCAUCAAGAAGACCUCAUUGCCUGUUAAGCAGGAUGCUACUGGUGAAUUGGAGGUUGCCAGCGAUCGUAUUUUGGUGAAGGUCAAAGCAGCCGCACUUAACCCAGUCGACCUUUUGUUGAAGAGUGCAGUCAUCCCUCUUUUUUCCUUCAGUGAAAAGGGUUUUGCCUCUGACUACUCUGGUGAUGUUGUGGCCAUUGGUGCCUCCGCAGCUGCCAAAACCUCCCUCAAAGUUGGCGACAAGGUGUGUGGAAUCAACCAGGUUCCUUUCGGUGAUGGAACUUUAGGUGAGUACACUUUGGUCAACCCAUUUAAGAAGACCGGAGCUUCCAUCAGAAGAUUUCCAGAAAAGCUCACUUAUGAGCAGGCUGCUGCAUACCCAUUGGUGUUUGGUACGGCUGAGUCCUUGUUUGACCACAGCAAGCACGAGAAGAACGGCAAGAACUUGAAUUCUUUCAACAAAGUGCUUAUUCUUGGAGCAGGAACAUCAGUGGGAAGAUUUACUGUACAAUUGGCCAAGCAAGUCUACGGUUCUGAGCAUAUUGUUGUGACUUGUUCUGGCAAGACUGAGCCUAUCGCCAGAGGGUACGGUGCUACCGAGGUCAUCGACUACACCAAACACAAGAACAUCUUGAACCCUGUAUUGGAGUCCGUCAAGGCUACCGGCAAGUUUGACGCUAUUUUGGACUGCUGCGGAAACAACGACUUGUUCCCCCAAAUUGGAGAGAUCAUCAAGUCCAGAGAUGUCGGUGGAUCCUACAUCACAUUGGUUGGAGAUGCCAAAAUCGACUACAGCAAGGGUAUUUUCCCUAUGUUGGUCAAGAACCUUAGUGCCGUAUUCCGUGGAAUGAAGUCCAGAUGGGGCUUCUUGCCUUACUACUACCAGUUGAUCACCUUGGAUGGUAACGAUCCAUGGCCAGACCACGUGGUGGAGUACUUCGAGAAGCAUAACAUCGAGGUGACUAUCGACAGCGUCUACGACUUUGACCAUUUCCAACAGGCCGUGGACAAACUUGAAUCCAACCGUGCAGUUGGAAAAUUGGUUAUUACUUUGUAA